GGAAUCGCGAAAUAUAGCCCAAGAAUUUCAAAGUAGAAAUCUAUUUAUAUUCGUAACUUUCAGGUUUUAACUUUAUUUUCGUGCUGAAACUUGGAUCGUUAUUUUUCGUAUCAGCAUUAUUAGUUCGCCUCACAUGCCGCCCGAAUUUCGAUGACCAUUCGCGCUUUUUAACGUUUUGUAGUUGUAUUUUAUUUUUAUUUAUACCAUUUGAACAACUACUUUAUAUUUAUUAUUAUUAUAUUUUUUUCAUUAUUUGUUUUUUAUUAUUAAUUAAAAACAUUUAGAUUUAUAAGAGCACUAACAAGAGAGCAUGGUACUUGCAACUCGAGAAUUUGCUGGCGGUAGUAGCCGUUCAGAUAGCACAAAUCCAAAUUUUAAUACUUUAGAAAUCGAAGAAUUUAACUUUGAAGAGAAUCAUGAUAUAUUGGAAGAUAAUGAAAGUGUCAAUGGGACGAAUGAUAGUAAGCCAUUAUUAAAAAAUACAAACAAAGGGUCUUUCAAAGGAGGAAGUAUAGUAGUAAAUUUGUCAGAAAGUCAAAGUGGUUUGUCUUUUGUCCAGAAUGUUUAUCUAGAAGAAGAAGACCUCAAUAUCAUUUUAAUGGGGUACCAAUUUAAUCGCUUUCGCCUCUACUUAUAUUAUAUUCUUUGUUUUUUGACUGGAGGGGCACUGUAUCUUCUUGCACGAUGGUUCCCAAAAAUGUGGAUUUGGUGGAUUGGAAAUGUUUGUAUAAUGGGAAAAGCUGAAUGGGUAGUCGUAGAGAAUCAAUGGGGCGAAAUUGCGAUUGAAUAUGUAAAUCGAAAAUAUUAUGGAGGAACUAUUUCAUCUGUAUUUUCAAUUGAUCAACUCGACGAUGAAGAUGUAGCAUGUCAUAAAUCUUAUCCUGAUGAAAUAUUGCAUUAUUUGCAUUAUUUUGAUCAUCGUUAUAUAAGAUUUAUUUGUCAUCCUGGAAUUGGAAAAUUUUUACAAAAUAGUUUUUGGAGAGAUCCAAGCUGGACAUCUACUAGGAUCUUAAAAAAAGGAAUCACUCGUGAUGUCCAUAAUGAACGUGAAAUCAUCUUUGGACCGAAUGUAAUUGAUAUUCAGGAGAAAUCUACUUUACAAUUAUUAACAGAUGAGAUUUUGCAUCCAUUUUAUAUUUUUCAAGUUUUUUCAAUAAUACUUUGGGCUCUUGACGAGUACUAUUACUAUGCUGCAUGCAUUUUUAUCAUUACUGCUACAAGCGUUAUUAAUACUCUCAUAGAAACAAAACAGACCAUGCGUCGAUUACGUGAAAUGUCAAAAUUUGUUUGUGACGUGAGAAUAUUUCGCAACGGAUUAUGGCGAUAUGUUUCAUCAGAAGAAUUAGUACCUGGAGAUAUAUUUGAAAUCUCUGAUCCAAAUCUACACGUUUAUCCAUGCGAUGCAGUUUUGUUAACAGGCGAUUGUAUAGUAAACGAAAGCAUGCUUACCGGAGAGUCAGUUCCAGUUUCUAAACUACCCAUUACAGAUGCAACAUUACGUAUGUUGGAUUUAACAGCAGCUAAUGUUCGACCUGAAGUUUCCAAGCAUUUUCUUUUUUGUGGAACAAGGAUUGUGCGAGUUAGAAAAGCCAAGAGUAAUGGUAUAUCGGACAAUAAUGAUGAUGAAGGAGUAGCAUUGGCAUUGGUUGUCAGGACAGGAUUUAAUACAACAAAAGGUUCUCUUAUUCGAUCAAUGUUAUUUCCAAAGCCAAAUAAGUUUAAAUUCUAUCGUGAUUCUUUUAGAUUUAUUGGAGUUUUAGCGUUAAUAGCUGUAAUUGGAUUUUUUAUAAGUACUAUCAAUUUUAUCCGAAUGGGAGUAAAAUAUCACAUCAUUAUAGUACGUGCUCUAGAUCUUAUUACUAUUGUGGUUCCCCCCGCUCUACCUACAACAAUGUCUAUCGGCACAAGCUUUUCUUUAGCAAGGUUAAGGAAAGCACAAAUAUUUUGCAUAAGCCCUGCAAGGGUUAAUAUAGGAGGGAAGUUGAAUGUUAUGUGUUUUGAUAAGACUGGUACACUUACUGAGGAUGGUUUAGACGUACUUGGGGUACGUUGUGUGGAUCAACCAAAAAACAGAUUCUCAAACCUUCAUACAUCUGCCGAUACCCUUUCUAAUAUAAAUUUGAAUGAUCCUUCUGUGGACAUUAAAUCCGUAAGGGGAUCUGAUUUUGUAUCAAUCUUAUACGUUAUGACGACUUGUCAUUCUCUUAAGCUUGUUAAUGAUGAAUUAAUUGGCGAUCCUCUUGAUCUGAAAAUGUUCGAGUUUACAAAAUGGCUAUUGGAAGAAAGUGGACAAAGCAGCUCACGCCCUUCAAGUGGUGCAAAAAUUUCAAGUAGCGCUUUGACUUCUUCAGCCCAGCCUGCAACUUCGAUGAUAAGAAGUGGUAGUAUUAUUCCAACAGUUGUUAGGCCGCCGGGUAGUGAGCAAUUCAAUUUGUCUGACCUAUUGAACAAUGAAAACACAUCAUAUCUAGAACUCGGUAUUAUUCGAACAUUUGAAUUUGUUUCUUCAUUACGACGUAUGAGCGUUUUAGUUAAACGAUUGCGAAGUCCAACGAUGGAAGUUUACGUUAAAGGGGCGCCGGAAGUUAUGCGUGAGAUUUGUAGACCAGAUACCAUUCCAGAUGAUUAUGAUGAAUUGUUAAAUUAUUAUACUCAUCAUGGCUUUCGUGUUAUCGCAUGUGCAUCCAAAAGCUUUAAUAAUUUAAACUGGGUGAAGGCACAAAAAAUCAAAAGGGAACAGGUAGAACAAGAUUUACAAUUCCUGGGAAUCAUUAUAUUUGAGAAUAAGUUAAAAACCGGUACACCGCCCGUUAUUGAAAAUCUUAUGCGUGCAAAAGUUCGACAGAUUAUGUGUACAGGUGAUAAUGUUCUCACUGCCGUAAGCGUAUCACGUGAAUGUGGAUUAGUCAAUAAGAAUACAAAGACGUAUAUACCAAGGUUCACUGAGGGCUCUUCCGUUACACCUAGAGCCGAAAUUGUGUGGGAAAAUUUGGACGAUCCGAAAGAUUUAUUAAAUUCAAAAACUUUGAAGCCGUUAACUCAACGAGAAUCAAAUUAUUCCAACGAGUAUCCGCUUCUCGACGCUCCUAAAUAUGACCUUGCUGUUACAGGUGACGUAUUCCGAUGGAUGGUAGAUUUUGCUGAUGAAACUGCACUUUUUACGAUGUUGAUCAAGGGGCAAAUAUUUGCUCGUAUGUCACCUGAUGAAAAGCACGAACUUGUAGAAAAAUUACAACUAAUGGGAUAUUGUGUGGGAUUUUGUGGAGACGGCGCCAACGAUUGUGGUGCUUUGAAAGCAGCAGACGUUGGGUUGUCAUUAUCUGAGGCUGAAGCUUCUGUAGCAGCACCAUUUACCAGCCGCACAAUGGACAUUGGUUGUGUUAUAGAGGUUAUCAUAGAGGGGCGUGCGGCCUUAGUAACAAGCUUCAGUUGUUUCAAGUUCAUGGCUUUAUAUAGUAUUAUUCAGUUUACCACUGUCAGUUUGCUAUAUUCUUUCGAUUCUAAUCUAGGAAACUUGCAGUUUCUUUAUAUAGAUUUGUUCUUAAUAUUACCAAUUGCGAUUUUAAUGGGUCGCACGGAGCCUUAUCCACGUAUAUAUCCUAAACGGCCUACUGCGAGUUUAGUUUCUCUGAAAGUAUUGACAUCUCUCAUUGGUCAAGUUUUAAUUCAAUCAGGAUUCCAAUUUUUUGUUUAUUUCUUAAUACGCAAGCAACCUUGGUAUACACCUCCAAAUAUCGAUCCAGAUGGUAACAAUAUUGCUAGUUAUGAGAAUACCACAUUGUUUCUAUUAUCAUGCUACCAAUACAUUUUAAUUGCCGCAGUCUUUAGUGUCGGUCCACCUUAUAGAAAAUCAAUGUUUAGCAAUGUUCCUUUUAUCCUCUCAACAAUUUUUCUCACAUUUCUUACGUCCUUUAUCCUCUUCUUUCCGACUAGUUUAAUGCAACAAAUAUUUGAGCUUGUAAUUAUUGAAAAUUAUUUUAAAUUGUGGAUUUUGUUUAUCGCGACAUUAGACUUUAUCGUAUCAUGGUUAAUGGAAAAAUAUGUAUUUGGACGUAUUGCGCAAUGUAUUGGAAUUUUAGUAAAUGGUAAAGUAAAGGUACAAAAGAAAUUAUACAAAAAAGUACAGAGUGAAUUGUAAAUUACUUUGAAGAAUUAUUUACAUUAUAUAUUUAGAAUUAAUUGAUAUUUAUGAGGGGACAAUAAUAACUUAAGCUAGUUAAUUUGGAAAUCCAAUUAUUUUUUUGAAUCGAAUUUUAAAUGUUUAUAUUCUCCAUCUUUAAAUUGCUUAGACCACUAAUUAGAAAUAAUAAUUAGCAAAAUAGAUCAUUUUUCAUAAUAAUAGAAGGAUAUUACCAUACCAUCAUUGAAGGAAUCCAUUGAUUAGGUUCGUUAUGUCGCCAUUCUCUCUCUGCAGAAAUUUUCCAAACAAACCCCACAAGGACAACAAUACCUGUCGUGAUUAUAGUAGUAUUACUUUUCCAAUUAGCUGGUCGACUCCACCACCCACCGGC